UGCAGCUGGUCUCAGUGUCUCCUGUGUGUCCAGCCAAUUCUACUGGAAUACCCACUCCAGCCCAGCUCACCAAAACCAAUGCCCCGGUCCAUGUAGAUGUAGGAGGGCACAUGUAUACCAGCAGCCUGGCUACCCUCACCAAGCAUCCUGAGUCACGGAUUGGUCGUCUUUUUGGUGGAAGUGAGCCCAUAGUGUUGGACAGUCUGAAGCAGCACUACUUUAUUGAUCGAGAUGGCCCCAUGUUCCGCUACAUACUUAACUUCCUCCGAACCUCAAAACUCCUCAUCCCAGAUGACUUCAAAGAAUACUCGCUGCUCUAUGAGGAGGCGCGUUUCUUCCAACUAGUGCCUCUGCAGGCUGAGCUGGAGCGCUGGCGGUCUGAGCAAGAAUCGAGAAGCUUGCAUCCAGAUUGUGGGUGUGUUGUGGUCCAUGUGGCUCCAGAGCUCGUUGAGAGGGUCAGCAUCAGUGCCCACCGCGCUGUUAUGGUGGAGGUUUUCCCUGAAGUCAAAGAUGUGCUGCGUAGUUCCUUGAACACUAACUGGAACAAUGAUUCCUCACAUGUCCUACGAUUCCCGGUCAGCCUCUACUGCCAACUUAACUCUGUUCAGGUGCUGGAGCGGCUGCAGAACACAGGCUUUUCCAUCAUGGACUCCUGUGGCGGUGGCGUCGACUCCUCCCAGUUUACCCAAUACAUACUACGAAGAGAGGGACAAGGACACCAGCAUGGCCCCAAAGUGAUAAAAGUCAAACAGGAACCGUUGGACUGAACUUUGUCAGAUGUUCACAAAUUGCUCAAGAUGAGAAGACUAUGACAGCACACCUCACCAGCACAGGAAGCAUUCAUGAAGACGUGG